GAGAGAGAGGGGAGUGAAUGGGCAGCAGCAGCACUGCGCCCUUCACUUUAUCGAUAUCGAUCAGUUUGGUAAUCGAGACAUUUAGAGCCGCCGCGGGGCCGUUGGGCUAGCCCGGGAGCUAGCCGGAACACUGGGAGCUAACGCGAUGGGACGCAUGUGAAGCAGCCCGGGAGCUAACAGCAGCCUGGCGGAGAAAGAAACAAGGAAGCGGACGGCUAGCUGCGCUACACUGAAGCUAACGUUGGCUAACUGUUGGCUAAUAUUCAUUCUAAUGAGCGACCCAGGAGCAUGCGACCUGAUACGAAGAGCUGACUUGUUCGGGGAUGUCGGGCAGUAAGGCGCUGGGCGGGGGGGCUGGCGGCGGGGCGAGGCGCAGGCGGACUCGGUGCCGGCGCUGCCAGGCCUGCACGAGGACCGAGUGUGGAGAGUGUCACUUCUGUAAGGACAUGAAGAAGUUCGGAGGGCCCGGCCGGAUGAAGCAGUCCUGCCUCCUGAGACAGUGCACGGCGCCGGUGUUGCCUCACACGGCGGUGUGUUUUGCGUGCGGAGAGGCGGGGAAGGAGGACACGGUGGACUCGGAGGAGGAGAAGUUCAGCCUCUCUCUGAUGGAGUGUACCAUCUGCAACGAGAUCAUCCACCCCAGCUGUCUGAAGAUGGGCAAAGCUGAAGGAAUCAUCAACGACGAGAUCCCAAACUGCUGGGAGUGUCCCAAGUGCCACAAGGAGGGCAAAACCAGUAAGGACCAGGCGGACGGCUCGGGGAAGCGGCGGCUGGAUAACGGGGAGGUGGGACGCUGGAAGCUCACCGAUGACCCGCCCCCUAAAAAGAAAGUCCCACUCUCCCUGGAGGAGGGGGGGAGGGCAGAGGGGGGGCACAAGAGGAAAAAGGAGAAGGAACUUCCUGCAGACAGCGGGCCAAAGAAGAAGAUGAAAGGCGCCCAUGAAAAACGCCUCAAAAAGAAACCCAAACAGGAAGCGGUGGAGUCAAAUGGUCCCACCUCAUCCUCAGGGGGCGGAGCCGGAGGCCUGCAGAACUCCGCCUCCUCCUCCUCUCAGCCAGGGGGAGGUGGUGGAGGCGGAGGUGGCGGGGGGACGUCGAGCGUUGACCAGCGCUCCCACCACCGAGAGAAACUGGAGCGCUUCAAGCGGAUGUGUAUGCUGGAACGCCGGCCAGAAUCCUCGUCCUCGUCCUCCUCCAGCUCCGAGUCCGACUCCGAGUCUGACUCUGAUGACUCUCUAAGGGGGGAGCAGGGAGGGGGCUCAUCACCGUCUUCCUCCUCCCCGGCCCCGCCUCCUCCCAUCGUCUACGGCAACAGCAGCGGCAGUCGGGCGGAGCGUGAGAGGAGUCGCAACGAGCGGGAGAGGGAGCGUGAACGGGAACGAGAGCGAGUCCGACGACUCGCUGAGCUUGGAUUCAGCGCCAGCGAGGAGUCGGAGGGUGAGGGUGGCCGGGGGGAGUCAGAGGAGCGGGAGGAGGAGCCAGCUGCAGGGGGCGGGGACAAGGCACGCCGGCGAGAGGCGGGGCUACCGCCGCGAGGGCGGAAAGCAGGGCUGAUAGACGGAGAGGACGAGGACACGCCCACUUCCGACAGGACCAGGAAAAACUCUGCCUCUCUGCCUCCGCCCUCGCCCCUCUCGUCCAAUCAGAUGCCUCCGUCCUCACAGCACGAUGGGUUUAUGGGGAAGCAGCGCAGCAACGGGCAGGAGGCCCGCAAUGGUCGGACACGAGGAGGGACGGGAGGAGGCGGGAGGGAGGGGGGUGAGAAGGAGAAUGCCAGUGGAGUUCUGACCAAUCACAGACACAGCGGGGGGGGAGGGGGCGGGGCCAAAGGAGGCGGGAGCCGCAGCAACAAGAUCCGUAGCAACAACAAGAACCAGGCAUCUAGGAACAGCGUCUCCUCCUCCUCUUCCAUCCCCACCUCCAAUGGGGGAGGGGGUGGUGCAAGCGGUCUCAUGAUGUCAGCGAUGGCGGCGUCGCCCUGCUCGCAGCCAUCCCGCCUCGCUCCACGCUCUCAGAUGAUGAAGCGCAGUCCACCCGCUGUGCCCUCGCCGCCCCGACCUGUUCAGAUGGAGCGACACCUGGUCCGGCCGCCGCCCGCCUGCCCUGAGCCCAGCUGCCUGCCGCUGGACUGUGGCUCCGCCCACAUCAUGACCCGUGAUGUCUGGCUACGAGUCUUCACAUACCUGAGCCACCGAGAGCUGUGCGUCUGCAUGAGGGUGUGUCGCACCUGGAGUCGCUGGUGCUGUGAUAAAAGAUUGUGGACUCAGAUCGACCUAAGCCGACAGCGCUCCAUCACCCCUCCCAUGCUGAGUGGUAUAAUCCGCCGCCAGCCUGUCUCCCUGAACCUGGGCUAUACCAACAUCUCCAAGAAGCAGCUCAUGUGGCUCAUCAACCGCCUUCAAGGUCUCCUGGAGCUGAAUGUGUCUGGCUGUGCGUGGCCAGCGGUCUCUGCUCUGUGUCAGGCCGUCUGUCCGUGUCUGAAGCUGCUGGACCUCAGCAGGGUGGAGGACCUGAAAGACUCUCACUUGAGGGAGCUGCUGGCCCCGCCCCCUGACACCAGAACAGCUCACGGUGAGACCAGAGUGGGGCGGUUCCAGAAUGUGACGGAGCUGCGAUUGGCUGGUUUGGACCUGACGGACACCUCGUCCCGCCUGCUGGUUCGUUACGUUCCUCACCUGUCCAGGUUAGACCUGAGCCAGUGUGGAAACAUCACCGACCAGACGGUGCACAACCUCACCUCCCCCAUCUCACCCCUGAGAGAGAGCCUCACCCACAUCAACCUGGCAGGUUGUAUGAAGGUGACCGAUCAAUGUGUUGCAUUGUUGCGACGCUGCAGCUCCCUGCAGUCGGUGGACCUGCGCUCCUGCUCCCUCGUCUCCUCUGAGGCUGGACAGCUGCUGUCCUUCCCCUCCUCCUCCUCCACCUCGUCCUCCUCUGCUGUCGCUGCUUCAUCGUCAUCAUCCUCCUCCACGCCGGCCUCCUCCUCCUCCUCCUCCUGUCCUCCUGAAGACAGAACGCUGCUGAAGAACAGCUAAAGUCCUCCACGUCAUGUGACACUGCAGUCCAGGUGGCCGACAAGCCCCGCCCCCUCCUGGUUACACUACAGACAGGUGAGGAGGCGCAGGAGGAGGAAGAAUGUACUUUGGGAAAGUUGUGGGUAAUAGUUAAAUAGAAACCCUGAGCAUGUACAUAUUUGUUCUCUGUACAAUUUUGGGUGUUUGUAUAUAUCUGUAGUUUACUGUAAAUGAUCCCCCAUCCCUGAAGCCCUCCUUCCUCCUUUCCUUCCCUCCUCUCCUUCCCUCCUUCCGUCCUUCCACCCUUCGACCAAUCAUCGCGCCACCUGCUCGUCAGGUAAAUCCUGAAAAUCCAGACUUCAUCAUGUCCAUGUUCGGUUGCUGUGGUUGGAGCGCUGAUGUAACCUCCCCACAACGCUCUGACAACCAUAUUCAAACCUUAAAACAACCGCAGGCUGCAGGGAGGUUGCAGCUACGCUAACAGUUUCCCUCUGCUUCCAGUCUUUGUGCUAAGCUAAGCUAACCACACCCGUCUGUUGAUCUACACGUUUCAGAACUGAUCCCGUUCUGAUCAAUCGAAACACAAACCAGAGUCAGGUUUGUCCAGAGACAAUUCCAAUAAAGUUUAUUCAAACAAGAGCGCCACUAUCAACGAUAAGAAGCUUAUUUUCUUCAUCACUUCCAUCAUUUGUUCUGUCAGCAGAAACUCUCCCAUUCACGGCUGCAGCUAACAAUGAUUUUCACUAUUGAUCAACCUGACAGGUAUUUUCUUGAUUAGUCGAUCAAUCGUUUUGUCCAAAAGUACAGAAAAAUGGUCACAAGGUCCUGUUACAUGAUGGAAAUAACACAAUCUUCAUAUUAGAAAAGCUGGAAACAUGUAGGAUCUUUGUUUUAACGAUGACAAUCGAUUAAUUGACACUGAACUGGGAUUUACAACCGUGAAAGCAGCUGAUUCUCUUCUGAAACUUCUUCAGUUCUUAGCUUUUUUGCUUCACGGCUGAGGAACCAGUUCAGUAGCUAGUUUUCCGUCAGCUCAGCGUCAGUUUAGACUUCAGUUUGGUCCACAGCUAUAGUUUCUAACAUGUCUUCUCUGAGAGAAAUCUGUUCGUUCACUUAAUUACUCAAUUAUGGCUGCAACUGACUGGUAUUCUCUAAAUUAAUUCAUCAUGUCUGACUUGCUAAAGGAUGAAAUAACGUCACUAACACGGUGAAUCAGCUGAUUGUAGGAGUUCAUUUUGUCUUCAGUUGACCAAAACUUAAAGAUUAAAACUAAAAGAUGUUUAAUUUACUGUUCUCAUGUUGUAACAGUCACACGAGAGCAGCUGGAAGCAGAAAAAACAAAGGAUGUUUAAUCUUCUGUUGAUUCACUAAUGGAUUAAUCGACUAAUCAAGUUCAUAAAAUAACUACGAAUACAAAUUUUAUUCAUUGAGCUACAAUCAGAUUAUUCAGGCCAUCAAACACCAAAUGGAGACAAACCACCUCCCAGUGUUUGAAUCCUCAGACUUCAGAAGAAGGAUCAGGUUUAUUUUAGAGAUCGAUCUUCAGCUGCUCUGACUGUAAACCACAAACACAACUUCAGUCUUCUCAGUAUUUCAGGCUGCUGAGCUGAAUCAUCCAGCAGUCCCUGAAUCAAAUAUGCCACAAAAAAAUGCACCUUUUUCAUGUAUUCAAAGUCUGGACAUGAGCAGCCGGAAACUGGAGAAAUCAUUUUCAAUUGAUCUAGCCUCCAGCAGUCGACUUUGAAUCAAACCCGAUUCAGAGAUGCCGUUAAAUCGUGUUAAAUCUACAACACGAGCAGCUGUGACAGAACAUCUGUAAAGAAAUGUCAGUCUGACAGCGAGUCUGCUGCUAAAACCACAGGGUCUCCAUCACUCUGUUCCUGACAGUAACUCUGAAGCUGGUUGUGUUGGAGGGUGGAUUUAAACCAGCAGCUUCCUUCCAGUCGUUGUGCUAAGCUAGGCUAUGCUAGGCUAAGCUAGGCUAACCAGCUCCAAACUGAUUCCACCUCGUCUAAAAUGUGGGACUGUUCCUUUAAAACGCUGCAGUGUUUCUGGUUGUUUGUUUCCUCGGCAGGUGAACUUUGGUCGGGUGUUUUCAGUUCAGGUGUUUUGUGUGUGUGUGUGUGUGUGUGCGAGUGUGUGUGUGAAUCUGAGCCUCGAUGUCUUCAACAUGCGCCUCAAUCACUCCUCUUUGAUUUUCUACCAUCGUGUGUUUUCUCAGGAGUAUUUGGUGUUUUUUUUCUUUGAACCAGGUUUAAUUUAUUUUCCAUCCAGUCUGAACGGACACAUUCCUGUUUGUUUUCUGCUUCUUCACACUCCUUUUAGUUUUCCACGUCCUGAACAUGACUGUCUUUGCUGCAUUAUUGAUUAAACUGAGUCUGUGUUC